UAAAGUGACAAAAAUUAGCAUCAAAUAAAAAACUUCAUAAUGUUACAAAAAUAGCUUCAAAUAUUUUCGUGCACGCAUUUAAAGUAGACCGGAUUUUGAUUCAGUUGCUGGAUAUUGAUUUAACAUUUAUAAACUUGUCUUGGAUACCAAGCAUGUCGUGGUGAACCGGUGUAAAAUCAGUUUAAAGAAAAUUUAUCAGAAAUAGUUAACCAGUUACCUACUACAAAAUAACAGUAAAAACAAUUGUUCUAUUGCUACAGAAAUAAUACAAAAAUCGUGUCACUUUCAAUAUUCUGACAUAUAAAAGCACAAAAGAUAAAAAUGCCUAUUAUAAUAAAAGAUCCAGAUUGGAGCGAAACUGAAAAUAUGGUAUGCAUCAAAGUUCCUCUAAGAGGAAUUCAUCACUCUAAAACUGAUAUAUUUUAUUCUGAAUUAUAUAUUAAAGUAUCCUUUGAACAAUAUUUCUUUGAAGUGUUCCUCUUACACCCUAUAAAAAUUAAAGAAAGUAAGUGCACUUUAGCAACGAAUCAUGUUCUGUUCGAAUUAAUCAAGUGUCAGACACAAAUGUGGGAAAAAUUAGAACCCGAAAUAAGCAAGUCUGAGAAGCAAGAACUAAAGAAGCGAUAUAUAGAAGAAGAACAUCAACGACUGCAGAAGGAACGUGAAGAACUGAAAAAUAAAAAAGCUGAAUUAAAGAGACUGGCAGUUCGUGAACAAAUGGCUUUAGACGCUAAACAACGCGAAACAAUAGAGAACAUAAAGCAGGAUGAAAAAGCUAAUGCUUUAAAAGAAAUGGAUAUAUGCAAAGAUUCCCAAAAGUCUAAAAUUAAACAAAAAGCAAAACAUAUUUGCCGGAAAAAUGUCGAACAUCAAACAAGCAAGAUACACGUGGCGUCACCAAUUCCUCCACCAAGAUGUUCCAAAACCCUUAAUGUAACAUUUACCCCGCGAGAGUUUCCUACUCCUUGUAGAGAAUCUCGGCUUGAAGAAGAAAACGAAUGGCUCCAGAAACAAGCAGAAGCUCGAAGAUCCGUCGGGUUUAUUAGUGAAGAUCUUCGUCCAGAAGAACACAAUCCCCAGUUUUUGAAAAGUAAAGGCGACGAGUUUUUGAGGAGCAGAAAUUAUAUGGCAGCCGUCAGUGCUUUUAGUUUUGGGAUACAAUUAAACAAUAAAUUUGCUGAUCUCUACGUAGGCAGAGCUGAAGCGCAUUUAGCCCUUGGAAAUUAUAACAAAACAGUUCAAGACUGCUCAAGCGCAUUGGAUUUAAUGAAACCAGAAGUUCCGUCAAAUUUACGAGAACGUGCUUUCUGUUUAGGCAGACGUGGCACAGCGUUAGUUAAUUUAGGUUUUGUUAAACAAGGUAUUGAUGAACUUAAAGCUAGCCUCACGUUGUUACCAAACGAAGACUUCAGUUGUAAAUUAAACGACGCUUUAGAAAAGUUGGAUGAAGAUAAUAAUGACACCUAAUCACUGUUUUUCGUUUAAUAUAACACAUACAUUAAAAAUUAAAGUUAUUGCUUUUCCACUUUU